AUGACUCUUUCGCUUCAGUCUACUUACAAGCUCGUUUCGGGAUAUGAGAUCCCGGUGGUUGGGUUCGGUGUUUACCAGACACCCUCUGAUGUCACGGAGAAGGUGACCCUCAAGGCCCUCGAGCUGGGCUACCGCCAUGUGGACUGCGCCAAGGUCUACGGAAACGAGAAAGAGAGCGGCGCAGCCAUCCGCAAGUCUGGCAUUCCCCGGUCGCAGAUCUUCUAUACCAGCAAGGUCCCCAGCUCCAGUAUGGGAUACGAGGAGGCGAAGAAGGCCAUCGAAGAGAGCAUUGCGGCGGCCAAUCUCGGAUACAUUGACCUCAUGUUGAUCCACGCUCCCUACGGCGGCAAGGAAGCCCGCCGGGGCACCUGGAAGGCGCUGGUCGAGGCCCAAAAGGCAGGCAAGAUUCGGUCCCUGGGUGUGUCUAACUUUGGCAUCAAGCAACUUGAAGAGUUGGAGGCCUACAUCCAGAGUGGAGGCGGUGGCCAGAUCGCUGUCGGCCAAUAUGAAAUCCACCCUUGGUGCCCGCGCGAGGAUAUUGCCGAGUGGCUGCGCAAGCGCAACGUCAUUGUUGAGGCGUACUCGCCUCUCGUGCAGGCGACCCGUAUGAAGGAGCCGGUUCUGCAGACCCUUUCUCAGAAGCACGGCAAGACCCCCGCUCAGAUUCUCGUCCGCUGGAGCUUGCAGAAGGGAUAUGUGCCGCUGCCGAAGUCGGUGACUGACUCCCGCAUCUUGGAGAACUCGCAAGUCUUCGAUUUCAUGCUGUCCGAAGAGGACAUGGCCAGUCUGAAACUCAACGAGUAUGCGCCCGUGUGCUGGGACCCGGUUCAGGACUGCAAGAUCUAG